GUGCAAGUGGACCUCUCCCGAUUACAUAAUAUUACAUGGCUCAAUCGCUCUGUCGGCCGUGGCACCGUGGCAGCUUUCGCGUCACCGCAGGCAGCCUAGCAUCCUGGUCAGCCAGUCGGCAGAGGCAGAACAUCAUCCAUUUGCACUCGCCACACCUUCGACCACCUUCAUCAUCAUUUCUGGCACCCAAACUGUCCCGAACCUCCCCCCUCUCCUCGAAAAACCCGACAGAGCGACCCAGCCUCCAUCCAUCCCGGCCGGCCACCCACACACCCCUUGGACAAUGGCCGAUCGCGACCUGUCCCAGGUGCUGGCCCAGCUCAAGCACUCGCCGUCCAUGAGCUGGGACGAGGCCAUCUCACUCCUCUCCAAAGCGAAGCUCGCCCUACUCAAGCUCAACGCCCUCACCCCGAAGCCUUCCGUCCCGGCCAACCUCCUCGCCCUCGCGCGCGAGACAUACGAACAGGGUGCCCUCUUCGCCAUCCGGGCCCGCAACCCCGAAGCCUUCACGCGCUACGUCCAGCAGCUCCAGCCCUUUUACGAGCUCCCCUCGGCUAGAUUACCCCCGAACCUGUCCGAGCGCAACAAGGUCACUGGCCUCAGUCUCCUGCUGCUCCUGACCCAGGGUCGGUACGCAGAGUUCCACUCGGAGCUCGAGAGCCUCGCCAACAGGGACGGCGGCGGCAGCACCGGCGAUGUCGAAGGUGAUCGAUAUCUUGGCUACCCCAUCAGGCUGGAGAGGUGGUUGAUGGAAGGGAGUUACGAUCGUGUCUGGAAGGCCAUGAAAAGCAGCGAGGUGCCGUGCGACGAGUACAGCGUCUUCUCCGAGAUUCUCAAGAACCAAAUUCGCUCCGAGAUUGCCAGCAGCAGCGAGCGCGCAUACCCUAGCCUUCCGAUUAGCUCCACCAAGUCCCUGCUGUUCCUCGACUCCGAAGGAGAUGUCAUCCAAUUUGCGAAGCAUCGAGGUUGGAUCGUAAGGGAUGGCAACAUCUUCUUUCCGGACAGCAACACCGAGGCGAGUGAAGAUGGUGCGCAAGGCAAGGAUCUGAGCCAGAUGGUGAUAGAAAACACCUUGGGGUACGCGCGCGAGCUGGAGACUAUCGUGUAACAGACAUUCCCCCCGACUUCACAUAUUCUAUCCAUCUAGACUUGUGCUCUGGCGUCAUUAAGGGAUUUCCCAUCCGCCGCAGAAUCAUGGUGUGACCCGGACAAAGGGCUGUCAAAUCAUCUUUUAUUGGGGGUGAUCCGAAAAAAAGGUCAAUUCAUUUUUACCUCCGGCACGGCAGACUAGAUAGAUGCACGGCGCGGCCAAACGACUCGCAUGCCAUCACGCCUAGUCCACUGCUCUCUCUUGCUCCUGCCACCAGGCACAGGUCAUGUCUUCCGCACCCGCCACUCUACCCUGUCCCCUUUUCCACCAC